CAAACCUGAUUUGAUUUUUAAGUUGGAGCAAGAAGCAGAGCCAUGGAUGGUGAAUGAGUGCCUAAAUCAGAGCUUUCCAGUUGCCAUGAAAAGUGAUGACAUAAUUAGGACCAAUAAGAAAAUUCAAGAAAAAAAAUUUAAUAACAUGGCAGAGAAACCUUAUGAAUGUAAUGACUGUGGAAAAGCCUUUGACUCGAAGUCAGCAUUCAUGAAACAUCAGAGAAUUCACUCAGGAGAGAAACCUUAUGAAUGUAAUGACUGUGGAAAAGCCUUUGGCCAGAAGUCACAUCUCAUAGUGCAUCAGAGAAUUCACACAGGAGAGAAACCUUAUGAAUGUAAUGCCUGUGGAAAAGCAUUUGGCCAGAAAUCACAUCUCAGAGUGCAUCAGAGAAUUCACACAGGGGAGAAAUUUUAUGAAUGUAAUAACUGUGGGAUAGCCUUUGGUUUGAAGUCAGACCUCAUCAAACAUCAGAAAAUUCACACGGCAGAGAAACCUUAUGAAUGUAAUGACUGUAGAAAAGUCUUUGGCUAUAAGUCACAACUCAUAAUACAUCAGAGAAUUCACACAGGAGAGAAACCUUAUUAAUGCAGUGCCUGUGGAAAAGCCUUUGUCCAGAAGUCACAUCUCCGAGUGCAUCAGAAAAUUCACACAGGAGAGAAACCUCAUGAAUGUAAUGACUGCGGCAAAGCCUUCAGCCAUAAGUCACAUCUCAUGAUCCAUCAGAGAAUUCACACAGGGGAGAAACCUUAUGAAUGUAAUGACUGUGGCAAACCCUUUGGCUUGAGGUCAGCACUCAUGAAACAUCAGAGAAUUCACUCAGGAGAGAAACCUUAUGAAUGUAAUGACUGUGGAAAAACCUUCAGCCGUAAGUCACAUCUUGUAAUGCAUCAGAGAAUUCACACAGGAGAGAAACCUUAUGAAUGCAAUGACUGUGGAAAAGCAUUUGGCCAGAAGUCACAUCUCAGAGUGCAUCAGAGAAUUCACACAGGGGAGAAAUUUUAUGAAUGUAAUAACUGUGGGAUAGCCUUUGGUUUGAAGUCAGAUCUCAUCAAACAUCAGAAAAUUCACAUGGCAGAGAAACCUUAUGAAUGUAAUGACUGUAGAAAAGUCUUUAGCUAUAAGUCACAACUCAUAACCCAUCAGAGAAUUCACAAAGGAGAGAAACCUUAUAAAUGCAAUGCCUGUGGAAAAGCCUUUGGCCAGAAGUCACAUCUCAGAGUGCAUCAGAGAAUUCACAAAGGGGAGAAAACUUGUGAAUGUAAUGAAUGCGGCAAAGCCUUUGGCUUAAAGUCAGCACUCAUCAAACAUCAGAGAAUUCACACAGGGGAGAAACCUUAUAAAUGUAAUGACUGUGGCAAAGCCUUUGGCUCAAAGUCACAACUCAUAAUACAUCAGAGAAUUCACACAGGGGAGAAACCCUAUGAAUGUAAUGACGGUGGAAAAGCUUUUGGCCAGAAGUCAAAUCUCAUAACUCAUCAGAGAAUUCACACAGGAGAGAAACCUUAUAAAUGCAGUGACUGUGGAAAAGCCUUCAGCAGGAAGUCAGACCUCAUAACCCAUCAGAGAAUUCACACAGGAGAGAAACCUUAUAAAUGCAAUGACUGUGGAAAAGCCUUUUGCAGGAAGUCACAUCUUGUAAUCCAUCGGAAAAUUCACACAGGAGAGAAAUCUUAUGAAUGCAAUGACUGUGAAAAAGCCUUUGGCCAGAGGUCACAUCUCAUAAUUCAUCAAAGAAUUCACACAGGGGAGAAACCUUAUGAAUGUAGUGACUGUGGAAAAGCCUUCAGCCUUAAAUCACAUCUCAUGAUCCAUCAGAGAAUUCACACAGGGGAGAAACCUUAUGAAUGUAAAGACUGUAGAAAAGCCUUUGGACAAAAGUCACAUCUCAUGAUCCAUCAGAGAAUUCACACAGGGGAGAAACCUUAUGAAUGUAACGUCUGUGGAAAAGCCUUUGUCCAGAAGGCAGACCUUAUCAAACAUCAGAGAAUUCACACAGGGUAGAAUCCUUAUGAAUGUGAUGUCUGAAAAAGCCUUCAGAUAUAAGUCACAGAUCAUAAUCUAUCAGAGAAUUCACACAGGAGAGAUGCCUUAUGAAUGCAUUCCCUGUAGAAAAUUCUUUGUGAAAAUCCCACCUUGUCAGAAUUCACAUAAGGGAGAAACAUGAGUGUAAUGA